AUGUGUAAAAAGUUGGAGAGUGAGCUGGACGACGCGCUGCGGCUGAAGAAGAGACUGGAGAAGGCGCAGGCUGUGUCUUUGUCUCAGCUGCAGCUGCUGCAGCAGCAGCAGCAGAAAGCAGGGGACCAGCAGCAGCAGCAGCAGCAGCAGCAGCAGCAAAUCAAUCAACUCAUCAAACAUAAUGCAGAACUAGAAGCAACCGUUAAAGACCUUACUGAAAGCAAAGACAAACUAACGCAGCAGCUGAUGCAGCUUUUCUCCAAAACUGAAUCGACGCCAGACUCAGCACAAGACCUCAAGAAGCACAAGCAGCAGCAAUGA